GGUAUCCGUCCCUCACCAUAUAAAUACAAUCCUGUGGUGUGGAGGGAGAACCAGGAUAGGAGCACCGAGGUGACAGCACCUUCACAGCACAAGUCCAACGCUUCACAUGGCCAGAAUGCUGAGAUCAUGGGUGACGCUCGCAGCUCUCGUCCUUUGCCUCCUGGUGUGUUGGAGCGGAUUCGCGGACGCCUACCCCCCCAAACCGGAGAGCCCCGGGAGCAACGCCUCACCGGAGGAGUGGGCCAAAUACCACGCUGCUGUCAGGCACUAUGUCAACCUCAUCACCCGGCAGAGGUAUGGCAAGAGAUCGUCCCCUGAGCAGGCAGUGGCUUGGCUGCUGUUCGGCGCAGAUGCAAACCAAGACACAGAGCCACGCUCUGAUUAUGUAGAUCCAUGGUAAAUGAGCCCAACACUAAACCAACUCACCUCAUCCUACCUUGAAUCUCCAAUCUUCUCAAGAGACAUCCUGCACUGGAACACUGGACUGUCUAAACAUUUAAUUAUUUAUUGUGCAUGCUAAUUUCUCUUUAAUUGUUUGUCUUUGUCAGUAACUACAUGUAUUUGUUCUUUCAAUAAAAUUGUACAUAAUUUGUAUCAAAA